AUGGCGGCUGCCAUGGCGGUCUCGCCGGCCACAGUGCAAGAGUUCGUGAUGGAAGACACCAAGCAUGCUCCCAAUGAACAGAACAUCCACACCCCCCCUGCGAGUGACAUGUCAAGUCAUGGCAGGAAGGAUGAUGACGACGACGCUGCUUCGAGCUCUGAAUUGAGCGACUUGGAUGAUCAAUUCGAAGGAGCACCACAGCCUUCAUUCACGCAGGAUGUGCCUAUGGAAGAUGCGCCUGCGGUGGUUGAGCCGGCUCGGUACGAGGGCGGGAUACCCAUAUUUCAGCCGACCAUGGAACAGUUUCAGGACUUCCAGAAAUACAUGAAUGCUGUCAACCCUUAUGGCAUGAAGUCAGGUAUUGUCCUGAUAGAUCCGCCUAAAGAAUGGAAAGCUGAGCGCAAGCCAUUGGACAACAUGGUCAAAGGAAUCAAGGUCCGAAAUCCCAUCACCCAAGAAUUUCAUCACAAUGAAUACGGCAUUUAUACGCAACGUAAUAUGGAGAAGAUGCGAUCAUACAACCUUCCCCAAUGGAAGGCUCUAUGUGAGCAGAGUCAAUACCAGCCACCAGCAAGGAGAGGAGAGAGGAGGAACAAGGCCGGCACACAAGCCGGUAGCAAAAUAGUGCCACUCAAGCGCAAGAGCGAGCCGCUGCCACUACCGGAAGGUGUCAAGAGAAAAGCCGGACGGCCUCGCGUCAAGCCGUUGAAGGAGGAGAAACCGGAAGAAGAUAGCAGCCUCCUCGCACCUCCAACACCCACUAGCCCCGAGACAAGACCAGCGGACCAGGUCAAGGACGAAGAUCAAGAGACGCCUGAUCCUACACCGACCAAGCGGCGAGGUCGACCACCAAGAGGAAGUGGUCAGUCCAAAUCUGGUCGUCAACCAAGGGCCGUAACCAAAAAGGUCGUGGAGAAAAACGCUGGAGAGAAGGCUACCACUGUCGCAGCAAGACGAUUGCACAACGAGGCCGACGCUGCUGCGGAGGACGUGAAUGAGGAAGACUUUAGGGGCUUUGACUACCGCAUUCACAAUCAUGACGAAUGGACCAGUGAACGCUGUGAAGAGCUUGAAGAAAAGUAUUGGAAAUCUCUCAGUUACACCAAUCCGAUGUACGGUGCCGAUAUGCCUGGAUCUCUUUUCGAUGAUGACACAAAAUGCUGGAAUGUCGCCAAGUUACCGAAUCUCCUUGACAUCCUUGGCUCGAAGAUACCCGGGGUCAAUACGGCCUACUUGUACCUGGGGAUGUGGAGAGCUACCUUCGCCUGGCAUCUUGAGGAUGUUGACCUGUACAGCAUCAACUACAUCCAUUUUGGUGCCCCUAAACAAUGGUAUAGCAUCUCUCAGGCCGAUGCUCCCAAAUUCGAGAAGGCGAUGAGAUCGAUUUAUGCCAAUGAGGCCAAGAACUGUGAUCAGUUCCUGCGACACAAGACGUUCCUCGUUAGUCCGUCUUUGCUAAAGAACAAAUAUGGGGUCACGGUCAACAGGGUGGUUCAUCGCGAAGGUCAAUUUGUGGUGACCUUUCCAAUUGGAUACCAUUCGGGCUAUAAUCUAGGGUACAACUGUGCUGAGUCUGUCAAUUUUGCGUUGGAGAGCUGGCUGCCCUACGGAAAGAAUGCGAAGAAAUGCAGGUGUGAGGAUGACAGUGUCUUUAUCGAUGUGGACUGGUUCAUCCGAAGACUUAAUGGUGAGCCCACGCCAGAGGUUGAAGAAUGGGUGGAAGUUACCGAUGAUGAGGAUGAUCUGGACGGUCCUACCGAUCUUCCGACACCACCUGGAAGCGAACGAGGUCAAAUCAAGCCUGCGAAGCGGAAGCGGCAUUCUACCAAGGACGGUGGCGGCAAGAAGAUGAAAAAGAUCAAAAUCAAAAUAUCCAAGUCUGCUGUGCCCUGCUGUUUGUGUCCGAACGACUUCGCCUGCGAUGAGCUACUUCCAACAGACGACAACCGGCAAGCUCAUCGUAGAUGUGCUCUCUACACUCCAGAAACAUACUUUGAUGAAGUUGGCGGUAGGGAGCUGAUCCGAGGCAUGGGAAGCAUUUCAAAAGCUCGUCUCGAAUUGAGGUGUAACGAUUCGCAAGCUGGGGUUCAGGUUGACAUUGGUGAUAUCGCCAUAUGGCACGAAAGCGUCGAGUACCGCGAUACCGGACUUGAUUUCAGAUGUAAAAUGCAUCGCUCUGUCAAAACCGCCAAGCCGAGCAGUGAUUUGGCCAGGGACAAUUACCGGCACAUUGAGAAGGAUACCAAAGAGUUCCGCGUGUAUUUGAAGGGGCUGAAGCAGAAUGACAUUGUGCAAUACCAAUCCAGCAGUGCUGAUGACAUCGAGGCGGGUGUCUUGGUCGAGCCACCCGAUGAAGAUUCAGGUGUCGUGGUCAUUGAUCUUCUUCCGACCCACCAACGAAGACAUAUUGAAGUCAACACCAUCCUGUUCAUCGACGCUGCCACCUCAUGCCUUCAGAAGCCUUCAGCGAAAGCCAAGGAAAUCCCCCUCCAUCUCCGGGGCCAAGUGCUGUCAUUGGUGGACACCACCAACCGUAAGCCUAGCCGACUUGAUCACUUCUGUGACGGUUUGGACCAUUCAAAGCCAUACCUAUGGGAAGAAUUCGCUUCUGCCAUGCCCACUCUCAAUCACGACCAAAAGCCGGUUGACUUCUCCCAAGAUCGUCGAUUAUGGUACUAUCUAGGAAAGGCAUCGACAGAGUCGAAAGCAUACUACAGCAAUGAUCCCGCCAAUCCCGUCAAUGACCCUCUGUCGAACUUUCUCCAAAGUGUCGAGCCAGCGAAGAGGCCGCUUAUUCCGCCACCUCAGCCAUCUAGACGUCAAUCACUCCCAGCCUCAUAUCCAGGACAAUAUUAUGGUGGCGCCAAUGUGCAAUCAGCAAAUCCCGUCGCGGCUAUUCCACGCCUAGUACCGGCAGAACAGCAGGAGCAGCAGAAUAUCGAAGACUACCAACGCAGGAUGGCCCUCUUGGGAGCUCCAGCCGUACUCGCUUCUCCCCUCCAGCCUCACAAUGACUAUACUACAGCCGGCACCCCUUCCUCUUUGUUUUCGUAUCAAGAUCAGAGUAGAAUCCAGACUUCUCAAUUAUCAACCGAUCCUGCAGCCCGCGAAGCGUUGCUUGCAAAGCAAAGGGCGAUACUUGAAAGAUCACAACAGCGGGCCAUGGUACUAGAUCAACAAGACAAACCAUAUCUACACAAACCCAAAUCGUCAGCGUCUCCUCCAAACAUUGGUAUUGACAUACAAUCGGUUGAGAGACAAAGAGAAUUUCAACGUAGAGCAUAUCAGCAAUCGCUGGCGAGUACACAACUUUCUUCACAUUCUCCCGGAGCGCAACCAGGCUUCAAUACAAAUGGCCAAAUGUCACAAUGGGGCCAGUCUUCCAGUCCUGAACAUGGGACUGGCCCCAUGGUUUCACAGAGGUUGACAAACACCGCGCAAUACAGCAAAGCCUCACCUUCCCCCACAGAGGCGGCAUUUCCCAUACUACGGCGGCCUCAGCAGCAACCGAUCUCCUCUCCAACUCAGGCAUCUCAGUACAAUAAUCAUCACCUCCACGGUCAGUCGAUCUCCUCACAACAGCAGCCGGCUCAAGUGACUCUCUUCCAUAACCAACGCCGCUUCUCUCAACCAACUUAUUCACCCUCACAGAGCUCCCAUCCACAACAACCUUCAUCACCUUUGCACAAUCUCAACAUGUCUUCUACAGGAAGCUCCGCUCCUAUUGACAUCCCUCAGCAACAUGCAAAUGCUUCUGCAAACAUUCGCGCUCGAAACCAUGGUCAGCAUACAGUGAACUUCAUUGACCCCAACCUCAUGCAAUUUAGUCCUAACCAUCCAACCUUUCCAGCAAGUCCCAGCCAGCCAGGAGCAAAUAAAGACAAAGCAGAGCAAGCCAGCCGCUCCAUGCCUCCUCCACCAGUUCCAUCUCAAAUUCCUCAGCAAACAGUCACUUUCGCAACAGACAAUCACCCGAAAUACACAGACCAAGACGGUGUUGACGUUCAGUACACGGAGUCCGAGAACAAAGCCCUCCCUACCUAUGGUGCCAAACUCACAUCUGUCCUUUCUGACAUCAUGAAGCAAAACGGGGAACAGCGCAAGACGACUACACUCAUCAACGACAAACCCGUACCCGCAUCCAUCGCUACCUUGCGCCACAUGUCCGACACGCACAAAUCCCGCCCAAACAUUUACGCUUCCCCUUACGGUGACGGCAGCGGUGGCGGCGUGACUACGAAGGAAAGCACAACCAAAUACGGCAAUGGGCUAAUCAGCAGGAUCAUGGAUGAGGACAACAAGCUAGAUGGUGAUGAAUGGGUUCAUGUUAAGAAGACGUAUCUACGUAGCAAGGAAGGAGAGGAAGGCACCAUGGAAAGCGAAUAUGUCAACCUUGUGAUUGAGCGUCCGGACGAGGGGAAAGGCAAAAGCAAAGGGAAGGGUAGGGGAGUGACUGAAUCCAGUACUGAUCGUGCUGCUGCUUCUGCUCGUGGUGCUGCUGGAGGGGCUGGAAAGAGCUCGCUCAUAAAGCUGUUGAUCGACCUCAAUGACAAAGCCCAGAGUGAGGAGUACCACGCACGACCUGUAGUUGGAAAAGAAACCAAAGAUCAGCCCACCUCUGCAGAUGUUCAUCUCUACUCAGACCCCGCGACGUUCCUCACUUCGGGACCCAUACUCUACGCAGACUCUGAAGGCAUGCGAGGGGGUGAACGGGCACCACUGGCCACAAGUGCGGUUCACGACGCUUAUAAGGAUAAAAGUGCUGGUCCAGAGUACGAGAAGCAUGUCCGACGGGAAUUUGCGGUGACAGAGAUGUACCCUCGAAUCUUGUACGCCUUGUCGGAUGACGAAUGGGAUGAAGAGGGAAGUAUUGCUCAAUUGCUAUCGUCCGCCAUUUCUGAGAUUGAGACCAAUCCCACCUUCAAGCAAUACGUCGAAGCCCUCCGACAGCAGAAUCACCAUGUUAUUGACAUGAGACAGCUUCUCGGAAAAUACUAUUCGGAUGUCACGGUUCUCAGAGUCCCCACCAAGGAGCACUUUGAGCUGCUUGACAAACAAAGGAGAAAGCUAUAUUCAUUGAUUACGGCAAAAUGUGCCAUGUCUCACAGAUAUAAAGUACACAGCAAAAUGCUCUCGGACUCUGAUGACCUCCAGAUCUACCUGCAGUCUGCUUUCGAUCAUGUUUCGAGGAGUCUGGAUAUACCAUUUGAUUUCGUUGCCGCCUCAGUACGGAAUCGCCCGAUCCCGAAGGAUCUUUCCGACCAUAUCCUUUGA